CUCAGACCUUUAGCAGUGUCACAGCUGAAUACUCAUCUAUUGCCAGCCAAGAUUCGGACAUUACUUGGAAAUACUUAAAAUUACAGACUUCAUCAUCACUAUUUCUUGAGUCUACAAAAAUUAUCAGGUUCCAUUCAAAAUGAAAUCGGUGCUUCAGAAGGCUUUCCUGUGGUGUGUGCUGACCACACUUCUUCCUAGCAUCACUAAUGCAAAACCUCUGAACACAGAUGACUUGAGAAGUGUUUGGCUUCAGGGUAAGGUAUGGAGCGAUGUUCGCAGUGUGUUGGAGAGGAGGGAGGGUGACUCAACAGCUUUGCUGUCUUCAAAGAAGAACAGCGGUACAGAUCCAGAUGUACCACAGCACAGGCUGAGGGUAAGGAGGACAGAACCAGCCUACUCAGUGAAAAGAGUUGAAAGAGCGGGCUGCAACUUAGCCACCUGUUCAGUGCACGAUCUGGCCCACCUGCUGCAUCAAAUGAGCACAAAGACGAACAGCGCCCCCCCUGAAAAGAUAAGCUCUAAGGGCUACGGUCGUCGGCGGAGACGUUCACUCCCAUCGACCCUCCCUCCACUAACUUUCGAUGAAGACCGUCUAAAGCUGGCCUGGGUCCAAACCUUCAAAAGAUGCGCCCCCUGUUGGACGAAUGAAGGAACAAUCCAGGAGUCUACCAGCUCCUACUGCCUACCAAUGACAGUGUGAAGCUGAGCACAGAAGCAAGAGGAGGAAAGGGAACUAAGAGGGCUUAAAUCUAUUUACCCAGGAGGACCAAUGAUGAAGAGCAGAGAGGGAAAACUCUUUAUGGAAGUAAUGACUUUGUUGACCACAAUGUUUACUGGGCACUGCAGUAUAGCCUAUGGCAAAGAAGGAUAUCCUCAUACUUGAAGACUAAUAUAUGUAUAUUGUGGGAGACGUGCAAUAAUUUACUUUAAUAUUGUUUUAUAGUCUAUGAUUAAAGUGUAUCUAAAUGUAUAUUAUGAAAAUAUUGUAUGUUAAAAAAUCAUAUAUUUAUACCUGUAUACUGUACAUGUAUUCUUCAGAGAUUAAACUAUUGUACACAAAAAAAGGGCAAUUAUAGUUCAUUUUAAAGUAAGAUGUUUAACCAAAUGAUUUCAUAUUGCUGUAAGGUGAAGCCUUUCUCCAACUCAUUGAAUUGAAUGUUACGGCAGUUUAAUACUAACCAAUUAAAGUCCAGCAAGAGAGAGAGAAAACUACUCUGUCUUAUUUCUGGGGCAGCAUUUAGUUCUACAGCUUGAACAGUCAAAAUAUAUACAAACAAAUAUUCACUGAGGUGCUAAAACUACAGUUUAAUGAAAAGACCAAUUUGAUUUUUGUGUUUGAUGUCAUCUAGCUUCAGAAAUCAGAAUUACACCUACUUCUUAACAGAAGUUAAAAUCAGCUAAUGACUUUGACUUAAGCAAAAAUAAUAAUAAUGAUAAUAAUUAGUCUUAGCUUUCGUUUUAUCUGAAAUGUUUGUUGAAGUGCUAGACAUAAGAACAAGAACGUGUUCGCAAGUGGCCUGCAAUAGAAAAAGGUAAAGAAACGAUUUACAUACCAAGUAGAGGGAGUUGUUUUCCUUACCAGUAAGUUUUUUAUUUUUUAUUUAUUGAUUGGAGCAAUGAAAGUUGGCAAAUAAUGGACACACUGAAAAUAAUAAUAAAGAGUAAUAAGGUAAUGACCUCAACUGUCACUUUCAGACAAAAACAACUUCCUGUCAUUUAUACCUUAAUGAAUGAAUAAUGACAAAUUUGUAUAUGAUGAAUACUCACACGAAAUUAUUCAAAGAUCAGAGGCCUAUACCCUUUUGAAUGUUCUUUUAUUUCUCUUCUUUGUUCCCAAUUGGAUUGUUUUGUUGUCAUGUUUUACUGUUUAAAGCAAUAAAAAAAAUUAAAAAUUAAAUUAAAAAAAAGAUCAGCGGCCUAAAAAAAGUUGUUUAUGUUUUAGUUGUCAAAAGGGCUUUGCUAACCCUGGUCCAUUCUUAACCCUGGCUAAACGAAAUCCUGAGUUUUGUUUCAUGUUUCACAUGUUUCAAACUUUACCCUGGGUAAGUAAUUAACCCUGGAUAUUCAUGUCCCGAGGUUUCACGCCAUUCGUAAACCUUGGAUUAACGUCCUUUUUUGCAUAUUUAUUAGGUUGAUGAAAUGAAUACAGUUCGUGACGGGCAUAAUAACUGUUUAUUAUCAAUAGUACUGCUUAUCUGUGGAAAUACCGCCACUUAAAACCGCUGAUAGUCUUAAGUCUUCUGAAACCUACCACGAAAAACAUGUUAAUUUAAUACAGAGAGUGAAAGUUUCUGCGACUGUACAAAACUCAUUCAUAUUUAAUAAGGAAAGAACUGAGGUGUUUUAUGAUUGGUUGUCUGUUGCUAAACAACUUAACCAGGGUUAAAAACGGUAUUAACUACUGAGUGUAUAAAGUGAUGAAUGGCUUCUCCGUUAAUGAGAGUGCCGGUGGUACAUACAAGACAUACAAGGGGGGUAACCUUACUGUUCUUUA